AUGCCUGAUAGUACAUCCAAUCGAAAAGAGAACACACCUCUAGAGCUAGUUCCGAAGAGGAUUCGAAAAGAUUCUCAUCAGGAACCAACGCCUCCAUUCAAGAGACAUAAGAGAUCCGAGUCGCCAACUAGUACAGAACCCUCUGCAGGAUCUUCUCCAGGUUCUAUUUCAGGUUCCGCUCCGGAUGAACAAGAUGUAACCAUAUUAUCUCUUGUGAAAAGAGCAUUGAGAAAAGAUAAAGUUGUUGCAGAAAUAUCUUCCAAGUCUCCCCCGAGCAAGGUGGUAACAAUCACAUCACCACUGGAAAUCGGUCCUUCCAGUCAGAUUCAUGCAGGAAUUACAGAGACCAAGAGAAUCCUGGUCACCAAAGAGAAUACUCUCGCUGCUCCACUGUCACCUCAACCAAGCAGUGAUAUAUCUUCCCCACCCUCACCUGGGCCAAGCAAUUCUGUGCUUCCUCCACCUUCUCCUCGACCAAAGAAUCUCACGCUUCCUCCCCCUUCUCCCCGACCAAAGAAUCUCAGGCUUGCUCCCAUCACACCUCGAACGAGCGAUACCAUGCCUCCCCCACCUCGACCAACCAAUGCUAAAGUAUCUCGUGGUAGAAAAAUUGAUAGAGAUGAGAAGAGCAUGUCGUCACCUGCUUCAGCUUCCCCAUCUUCUUCCCGAACGCCUAAUUCUAAGCCGGUCAGAUUGCGCCUUAGAUUGAUCAAUGGCAAAUCCAAAAAUUGGAGUAGUAAUAAAGACACCGCAGAGGAUGAGGGAAUUGAUGUCACCCAUGACAAUUAUGGAUCCGAAAAAGGUGAUAAUAUCGAGAAAGUUGACAGAGAAGAGGGAUUGGUUGAAGUAACAAGUAUUUCGAAAUCCAGUACCUCAACCGCACCACCCCUUACCAGCUCACCGAUGAUACGGUCAUCGCAAAUCAACCAAAGAAUUAUUCCAAACCCAUCCAAGGCUGAUAGCGUACCUACUGAGGCAAUUGAAAUGGUCAGAGAAUCAAGUCAGAGUUUAAGCCCGGAAGUUGAUGGAAUCCCUUUUCCCAACCCUCCGGUCCCUCCCUACGCUAUUACUUACCGAGGGUUAGACCUGAAGACCCAAAUAGAAGCUCAUAAGUGUGAACUUUGUAUCCCCUAUGGUUGGAAAAUUCCUUACCCCCGACGAGAAGAUCCUAUUAUCGUGGGACCUCUCUACCGCAAAGUCCUUCACUUGCGAAGAGAUUCUGGAGAAACCGUCUUUACUGCCAUCGAGUUUACAGAUGCACCGGGCGAAGAUAACCUCCACGCAUUCCUUGAUCGUGCAGAGAAUGAUGCCCGCAAUGCAGGUAUGCCUAAGAAUCUCAAGCCGACAAUACUCGCGGUGAGAUGGGGCAAUGGAGCGCAGUUUGGUAAUGCAAAUUACCGAUCAAUUUACAGCCUCUAUUGUGAUUCAUUCAUUUUUGUAGUCGGCAACUCUUUCGCAUGGAGAGCAGUAAUUAACCAAAUGCGCCGCAGGGUUUUGUUAGGACAGAACUGGAUUCUGUGGUGGGCGGAGAAGGACUAUGUUGAAGAUUGGGAGACGGAUCUUUCGCGAUGA